CUCGUACGUGUAAGGAGUGAACCAAGAGCAAUAUGGUAUAUAUGACCCCACCCCACUGAUCCCCUUCGCUCCUCUUCCAUCCCGUUCUGCCCUUCGCUUCCCUGCCUCUCCUCCGCCAAAACAAGCAAGGACAACCUAGGCGGACAAUACUACUAAAUCUUCUCUCCUGCUCUCAUCCGCUUUGGCAUCAGGAAGGAAGAAAAUUCCAGAGUCCACGGGAGGAAGGAAGAAGCACAGAGCGAGCCAGUAUCUCCUCUCUAAUCACCAGCUUCUUAGCCAACAAACAAAGCCAGCAAGUCCGAAUAACAAGAAAGACAGCCUUUGCAGCUAGGUCAUGGCUGUUCUCGAUAUUUAAGCUCUUGGUUCCCCUGCAUAGAUAUCUUGUUACUGUAACCUCAUGGGCAGUUGGGGGGAGAUAGAAGGUAAAAGAGUUCAUGAUCCGUCCUUCCAUCUCUUCCGCCAUCAUCAUCCGAGUGAUCGUUACUGUAAGGAUAUGAAAGCUGCCGCCGUUUGCAAGGCUGAGAGGUGCGUUUGGGUCCCGGGGCCCGUCAUCGUAGGUGCAGGACCGUCGGGACUCGCUGUGGCUGCAUGCCUCAAAGAGAAGGGAGUCCCGAGCGUGGUCCUCGAGAGGUCUCACUGCAUCGCCUCUCUGUGGCAGCUCAAGACCUACGAUCGCCUCCACCUCCACCUCCCGAAGCAGUACUGCGAGCUGCCUCUCAUGGCAUUCCCUUCGUAUUUCCCCACAUACCCCACCAAGGAACAGUUCGUGGCCUACCUCGAGGCCUACGCGAGCCGGUUCGACAUCCGACCUGUGUUUGAUCGUAUGGUGGUCAGCGCGGAGUAUGAUGAGAGAAUUAGACUGUGGAGGGUGAGAACCAGGGGAGCUGAGGAGGAAGGAGUGGAGGAGUAUGUAACUCGGUGGCUGGUCGCGGCCACCGGGGAGAAUGCGGAGGCUGUGGUGCCUGACAUCGACGGCAUGGAGGACUUCAAUGGCACCAUCAUGCACACAAGCUUAUAUAAGAGGGGUGACAUGUUCGAGGGGAAGAAGGUCCUUGUGGUUGGAUGCGGCAAUUCCGGCAUGGAAGUCUGCUUGGACCUCUGCAACCACAACGCUCUCCCUUAUAUUGUCGCAAGAGAUUCGGUCCACAUUUUGCCCAGGGAGAUGCUGGGCUGGUCCACUUUUGGUCUCUCCAUGUGGCUUCUGAAGUGGCUCCCCAUGCGGACGGUGGACUCCUUUUUGCUGCUCGCUUCCAGGCUCAUGCUCGGUGACACCGCCCGGUUUGGCCUCAGGCGGCCCCGCCUCGGCCCCCUCGAGCUCAAGUCACUCUCCGGCAAGACCCCAGUACUCGACGUCGGGACGCUAGCUAAGAUCAAGUCUGGUGAUGUCAAGGUUCGCCCUGCGAUAAAGAGAUUGACAGGACGCGGAGCAGAAUUCGUGGAUGGGAGAUUGGAGGACUUCGACGCUAUCGUCCUCGCCACCGGCUACAAAAGCAACGUACCCUCUUGGCUGAAGGAGAGGGAGUUCUUCUCAGAGAAAGACGGGCUACCAAGGAAACCAUUCCCAAAUGGUUGGAAGGGGAAGCAAGGCCUCUAUGCGGUAGGGUUCACGAGGCGGGGGUUGAUGGGGGCAUCCAUGGAUGCGAGGAGGAUAGCUCAUGACAUCGAACAGUGCUGGAAGGCCGAGGCAAAACAACCACCAUAGACCUUCUGAGUUACAAGCAUCGCUUAAGCAUGACAUCAAGAGGCUAGAACGACUCUUAAUUAGAGUGGCAGAGACUACUGGUCAAGUUCCUAUCUCCACCCAAAUGGUAUAGCUUGGUGAAGAACAAGGCGUUUCGGUAGUAUUUGUGUAUCUUCGUAUUUUAUUUCCAUUUUCCUGAUGGGGUUGACUGACAUAGAUCGUGUUUAGGUUAUUAUAUUCACUGUUGCUCGACUGUUGAGAGGUGAUGUAUACUACAUAGGUUAGGUGUGAAUGACUAAGAUGAGAAGCACCAAGAUUGGAUCCUUUUUUUCUC